AAGGCUUAGUCAAUUCUAAUCACUACUGCCUUACAUUUUCGACUUUUCUAAGACUGAGAAACUGCAAAUAGAAGAAAAGAUAUAUUUUCAGCAUCAACUAUGCCCACAUUACCAGAUUUUGUGUUUUUAGUGCUCAUUUACUUUGCAGGUUCAGCAUAUUGUCAAUUUGGCUAUUCAACGGCGGAACAAAAACGAUGGGCAGUAGACUUUCCGCAGUGUGGUGGAUCAUCGCAGUCUCCAAUAGAAAUAUAUACAGGAAGUGUCAUACCAGCAUUCAUUCCACGCUUAAAACUAUAUGGAUAUGAUUGGCCGUUGCCGUUUCCAGUAAUUUUGAAAAAUGACGGUAAAACAGCGGAUGUAUCUUCACUAAAUACAGAUGUCACCAGAUAUCCACAUCUAGCAUUUCUGAAUUCCCUUUAUCGGUUUGUGGGAUUUCAUUUCCAUUGGGGUAAAAAUCAAAAAGGUUCAGAACAUGUAGUAAACGGCAAAAGCUACCCCGUGGAACUGCAUAUCGUGCACAGAAACGUAAAAUACAGUGAAUCCCAAGCGCUCAAUUUUCAGGAUGGGCUACUUGUGUUAGGGAUUUUCUUUGAGGUUUCUUCUGUUGACAACCCAAAUUUGUACUCAGUGACCAAUUAUCUACGUUACAUCCGUGCCGAAAACGCAACAACAACCAUUAGUACACACUGUUCCUUAGGCGGUCUUCUGGGGUCUCUCAAUAUCAAUAAAUUUUACACCUAUCAAGGUUCACUAACAACACCACCGUGCAGCGAGACCGUCACUUGGAUAGUAUUCGCUAAUAUUCUGAAUAUCUCUCAUCGGCAACUAAAUGAAUUUCGUCAAUUAAUUGGAACAGAUGGCAAAAUAAUUCGGAACUACCGUCAUCUCCAACCACUGAAUGGACGUCCUGUCUAUGUUCGAUCCGGUUCUAAAUGGCGCGGAUAGGAGAGAUGCGUCCAUCAAUGGAAAUAUCCAAAUGGUUACUGAAUAUUUUAGAUAUCUUGAGCUAUUUAUAGAACACAUGUGCCUUCUCUUGGAUAAAUUAAAAUAUGUAGUUUAUACUUCAAUAAACCAAAUCAACACAUAGAAUAUUCCUUGUAUAUGACUUGAUUGGAAUGCUUCCAAAAAUUCAAUUGAUGAAGAUUGUUGACCGCUUACAAUUAAAGCCUGCCUAGAACAAAC